UUAUAUAAAUAUAAAAAUAUCAACGGCGACAACAAACGACUUGACAAUGUCAUGUACAUUUAUUUGUUGUUAUUAAAAAUUUUUUCUAUAAUUUAUUCCUGGUGUAACACAUGUACUUAUGAUUAAUUUUUCAUUCAAUAGAUAAACGUCUAUUGUCAAAUGGAGAUCAAUUUUUUAUUAUUAUAUUCAUCGUGGAAAAUUGACAGUUAUUCAACUACUGUCAAUGACAAAUCAACAUUACAAAAAAGAGUUAUAUUAUCUUAUCAGUCGUACAGGAGUGUUAAAUUCAAUUCUUACAAUUUUUAAAAUAUAUUUUUAAAAUGAACGGAGUAAGACGUGUGAUAUUUUUUUGUCUGAUGACUACUAUAUUACCAAUAAUAUUAUUAAUAAUGCCAUUGUAUUUGAGACACAGUUUGUAUGCUGAUGUUAUUUAUGCUGUGACUGAAUCAGAUAUUUUAGAAAUAAGUGAUGGUGUAUCAACAAUUUUUUGCUCGGCACAUACCUUAGAAAUGAACAGUACAUUUAAUGCAUUUCAAAUGAAUCACAGACCAGCAAUAACAUCAUUCAGAAAACACAUUAGACUGAAGAAAAGUAUGAUACUACCAGAUGAUACACUCGAAUAUUGGGGUUUUUAUUUAUUAAAAGGUGCAACAGUAUCACUCUCAGUAUGCUCAAGAUUUGAAGGUGCAAGAAUAUUAGUUGUCAAGGAUGACAGAAAUUUACGUACAUGUGGAAUGUUGGAACACAAUACAAAUAAAGAAAAAAUAUCAGGUAUAAUGUUAGCAGAUGCACACAAACAAGUCAAGAUAACAUAUGAGACAAAUGCUCAAUUAAUAAACUCCAAGGAAAAUAAUAAUCCUGAUAAUAUAACUCAAAAAUUAAAAAAUAAAAUACAAACAAUAAAUGAUGAUACAAUAAAACAAAAAAAUAUUGAUAAAUUAACUAAAAGUGCAAUGGAUUUUAUAAUUAAUCAUUCUGAUAAAAAUUAUACUGGUAUUAAUAAUAAAUCAAUGAGAAAAGUAAGACAUGCUAAAAAACUUAAUCACCAUGUAAAUAAUAAUAAUCAUGAUGAUGAUGAUAAAGAAAAGAAAGAAAAUUUAAAAUUAUUAUUAAAUAAUCCUGGUAUUGAUGAUGGUGCUGAAGAAAAUGAAUAUGGAAUAAAAUAUUAUCAAUCACAUAUAUCACAUAGAUAUACAAGAAGUAAUCAACAAGUUUUAAAUGCUCCAUUACUUGAUCAUGGAAUACAACAUGGUGGUAAUGCAUUACGUAAUAAAACAAGUGAAGAAGAUUCAUCAGCAUCAAGUUUUGAAGAGGGUCUUCUAAAUUGUUACAAGGGUAAUUUAUUAUUACAAAAUCCAUUUAAUCAUUCUGAAUCAUGUAAUGGUGUACAUUUUUUAGAAUACGGUGAUUACAUGACAACACUUCAUAAUGUUACAAAUGACGGUUAUUAUUAUUAUAUUUUUUAUAGUGAUAAUGAUAUUGUAUCAAAUGAUAUACAUGCUGUUUUUGAUAUUUACAAGCCAACAUUUCAAUAUGAAAAUGUUACAAAAUCAUGUUUAAAUAGUACUAAAUGUACAUUUACAUUAAACAUGCUUUCAAAUGAUAGAGUUAUUGUUGAAGUACCAACACGUGAUGGUAUUGAACAUGAACAAGAUGAUAUAUCACAUUUGACAUCUGUUUGUCAUCCAAGAAUGGGAAUAUAUAUUAUUUUUCCAAUUGCUAUACUAUUGUUUGUCAUCAGCUGUGCCUUUAUAUAAUUAACUAAUUCAAAUACUAUUUGUAAAUAAUUAGCAUAAUUAAUUUCAAUAUUUUUACAUUGUUACUUUAUAUAUAUAUUUUAUAUAAAACAAAUUUUUCAAAUAUUCUAUUCUAUUUUUUAUUAAAAAAAAAAACUAAUACUAUAUUUAAUUUGUUUUUAGAUAUACAAUAAUUCGUGAUAAUAAAUUAACAAUUACAUUAAUUAUUAUGUGUUUCAUUUAUUUAUAAAAAAAAAAAAAAAACAGC